AUGCCCGGGAACCUCACCGUGACGAGCAUCGCUUUGGGAAGUUCUCACACCUGUGCGGUUUUGGCCGAUGCCUCACUCUGGUGUUGGGGAUGGAACAUAUAUGGUCAGUUGGGAGAUGAAACAUAUGAUGAUUCACAUACCCCGACCGCGGUCAAGACCCUAGGUCCAGGCACCACAUCGAGCGUCGCCUGCGGUUCCGACUUCACGUGCGCGAUCCUCAAGGGAGUUGGGUCAGUCAAAUGCUGGGGAACCACGCGCACCUCAACUGGUACCUCAACUGUCCCAACCUCAACUGUCCCAAUCGCCUUGGAUAUUGGAAGUGGGCGAACGGCCUUAAACAUCACCACUGGACACAGUCAUGCGUGCGUUCUCCUUGACGACCGCUCGGUCAAGUGUUGGGGGGAUAACACCGAAGGUCAAGUUGGGAACGGUGGCCCAAACGUCAUUUCCACGCCGACAGCGAUAGACGUCGGCGGUGCUGGAGUAGUGAGCAACAUCACCGCGGGAGGGUUCUCAACGUGUGCGAUUCGCGUCGGCGGAACUGUCAUGUGCUGGGGUGAUAACGACUCCGGACAGCUCGGCAUCGACGCAAUCGAUCAGCAAGAACACACCGACAAAGCAGACAGGAUAGUCCCGACUGAGUCAGCCGCGUCCGAUCUUGUGACGCAGAUUUCAAUGGGUUCUGCUGGGACGGCGUGUGCCGUGCUCAAAAACGGCAAGGCAGACUGCUGGGGCGCAUACAUAUCAGAAGGUCCCUACGGAACUAAUUGGAAUCAGCAGGGAAGUGGCGUUCGUCGGCGACUCUUACAGAACUUCGCUUUAGUUGAAAUACAAUACUCGGAGCAUGGGAAAGCGGUCAGUGUCAGCGUAGGCUCUGGUCACGCAUGCGUGGUACUGGAAGACGAGUCGAUAUGGUGCUGGGGCAGGGAUGAUGCUGGCCAGGUUGGAGACGGCCCUGGGAGCCAAACGGGGAAUGGAUAUCAUCCGAGAAUGGUGACUUGCGGUACAAAUAAGUACGCCGGGAGCACGUCCUGCACAUCUUGCCCGAGCGGGAAGGUCAAUCCAGCGGGUGACGCUGUUUAUGGCUCAUAUGCAGGCACGUGCAAGCUUCCUCCUUCUCCCGCUCCUGUGCCUCAGAGUGAGAGGGAGUGCGGGUCCGUUGCGCCGACGUCGUACAGCUUGCUUACCGAUUCAUGCGCCGCUUGCUUCGCCGGAUUCUACACGAGCAACUCGAGCGUGUACUACGAUUGCGGCACAUCUUGGAUAUACUACUUUUCGCCGAAAUAUGUCACGUUCGACGGAUCGCAACCUACGUGGAACGGAGGAGCUUACCUCCACCAUAAUUACGGGCGAUCGGAUUCGGCGGGGUCUUGGCUAUAUCAAUCUAGUUGGAUGUACGCUGCGAGCGCGACGUUCAAAGGGUUUGACUGCACCACAGGCGACCUAUCAGGGGGAUUGACGCCAUCAAGUUUCGCCGCCAUCGGCGCCGCCGCCAUCGGCUUCCACUCCUGCGGCGAAGAAGGAAGCUGCAGAGACGAGGGAGAAAGCCGAGAAGACCCGCGACGCUAUGCUCACCGGCGUCACGAACGCAAAGCUGAAGAAGAAGGCCAAGCUCCUCGCAGACGCGGCAAUCAGCGGGAAGAAGGUGAAGAAGAUGUCCGCCAAGCUGACAGCCGCUGACGAGGACACCGCGUGCUCGGACUACUAUACCAAGGCGGGGCUCUCCAGCUCACUCGGCGCGUGCAUCGCGACGGCGGCAUCAAGGCGUCGGUCACUCGCCGCGACGACGUAUGACGUCUCUGUUUUUUUCAGCGAGGCUGAGGUCGACGACGCAACGCUGACUGCUGCCGAGAACUCGCUCAAGGCAGAGGGCGUGACGGGUGUCGAGACGAGUGACCCCAUCGACCCUAUCGCCGAACUCGGGACGAUCGACGGCGUGGACACGAGCACCUUGGAGUCGUUCAAGACCGAGGCGGCUGCCGCAGCGGCGACGAUGCCGCCUUCUCCACCGCCGCCCCCAAUCUCCCGGCCUCCACCUGGACCGCCUGUCCCUAACCUCAUCCAAGACGACGACGACCACGCAUCCACAAACCAAGGCUUAUUCAUUCUCCUCACGAUGACCGCCCUAAACUUUCUGUUGUAAUGUGUAUGGUAAAAC